AGCAGCUUCGUCUGCUGCGAGCCACACUCGGUUAGACGUUACACAAUGCGUGUCAUUGCUUUGUUGGCUCUCUGCUUCGCGGCUGUGGCAGCCGUCCCCAGCAGCGAUACGAGGAUCGCCGGGGGAAGUUUAGUGACCAUUGAUAAGUACCCCUCCAGUGCCUCCAUCAUCCACACCUGGGAUGGUCUCCACCACACCUUCAACUGCGCCGGCACCAUCAUUAACAACAGAUCCAUCCUGACAGCUGGUCACUGCAUCUACUAUUACCCGCACAUCUUCUUCCGCAUCCGAGUGGGAUCGUCUUACGGUACGACUGGCGGUGAACUACUCGCAGUCUCCCAACAGUUCCAGUACCCCGGCUACAAUGACGAUAACUUCCGCUACGACAUAGCCAUCCUUCGCACAGCUAGCUUCAUCAGCUACAACAACAACGUCAGGCCCUCUCCUAUCGCCGGAUCCUCGUAUGUCAUUGCCGACAACCAGACCGCCUGGGCUACUGGCUGGCAGGAAACCCAGGAUACGUCUGCUGGUCAAGCUAGUUUGCGUCAGCUGAGUGACGCUCAGGUCGUCACCGUCAACGGGGACGUCUGCAAUUCUCUCUACGAGGCAAUGGACAUGCCGAUCACCCCAGAGAUGUUAUGUACCUCCUGGCCGCAGCAAGGCAAUGGGCAGUGUGUUGGCGUGUUCGGUGCUGGCGUCUACCAUUCGAACACGCUCGUCGGUGUCACCACGCAGUGCUCGCCUAUAUUGCCUACUGUCAACACUCGUGUCUCCAGCUACGUCGAAUGGAUUCAAACAAACGCCUAAAAUGUUAGCUUUAAGACUUUGAAUAAUAUUAUGUAAAACCUAAUACUUUUUGUGAUAAACAUGCGUGAAUGCAUAAUAACCUAAGUACAAAUAAAGACUGGAUUACCUAC